AUGCGAGGGAAAGUCAAGAGCACCGUUAUGGAGGUGGACGAAUGUGUCCAUACCUUAACUGAGAGUUUCGAGCCUUUUGCGCCUGAAGCCCACCCAGGUGAUCGGUUAUUGGACCGCUAUGCGGACCGUCUCCACUUUGACGAGCACGAUCCUGCCCAGGAUAGGCGCCCGUAUCUAGACGAGCUCAUCACGAAAGCGAGGGCUGACCCACUAACAGUACUGGCCACGACUGAUGGCUCCGUCCCUCAGUCCAACCAGUAUCAGACGGCUUCGGCUGCUAUAAUCUACAAGGGACAUCGCGAGAUCAAAAGAACUCGCUAUGUCUCUGGCAGAGUUACCACCCCAGAUGCAGAGCUCAAUGCCAUCUCGUGCGCAGUGCGCCUGGCUGUCAGGCAGGCAAACUGCCAACAUAUUAUGGUCUUUACUGACUCCAUGGGCUCGGCCCAUAGAGCGGUUGACCCUUCUGUGCACUCUGGUCAGGCUUUUAGCCUAUCAGUUUGUCACGCUCUCCAAGAGUGGUUUGAGGCGGAUGAUCUCUGCCGUAUUACCUUCGUAUACGUCCCAUCCGCUUUGCGGUGGGAUAUCCAUGGUGAGGCACACAAGUACAUCACCGAACUCAAAGUCAGGGUUGGACGUCACAGGAUGGACAACUCUAUAGACACGCUACGCUCCCAAGCCACGCACUCACUCCUGGAUUCGUGGUGUUCCACUUUCCAGGAUCCAACUUACCGAGGCUCUGAAUUCCUAGAGCUUCAACAGCCUGACGGGCGGCCACUACAGCCAUCGUACCUCAAUGGGGGACCUUGGCUUUCAACCUUCGGACACAGCAUCACUGAGUUCGCCCGCGUUUGCCGGUGUAUAACUGGCCACGCGCCCAUUGGAGCGUAUUACCGUCGCUUCAAGAUCAACGAGCCUCAUGGCUGCACUUGCAGGGCUGCUUUGCAGUCCCAUCAGCACGUCAUCUUUCGUUGUCACGAUCAAUACUCUGUACACUAUCCCCGUUUUCUCAGGGAUAUUGCAUCGUUUAUGAAGUACAACCCUACGGUGUUUGGCUUCAACCGGGACCCUUCGGGGGUCGGAUAA